AUUUUUCUGAUCGACUGAACGUCGUCGAAACGCACGCCGAGGGAGUUCUCCGUUUUUCAUAUCAAGAAACUUUUGAAUCUGUUGCUGUUUUCAAACAAACAAUGAUUCCUAUAAGCAGUUUUCAUUGGGUUAUUUCAAGGGAUUAGCCAACUGUAGGUCUGCCUAAUCCGUUCGGCAAUAAAACGAUAAGAUGUUUAUCGUACUGUGGUAGCCCUGCAUGACCUUGUUACCGACAAGGUUAAAUAUGGCCUACAGCCUAGAAAGGGGAUCUGACCCAAUGUUUAUAUGGAACCCGUCUCAAUGUGAAAAGAAACGUUGUUGUGGACAGAACUCGGCGAGUAGGACUCAUUUCGAGUAACAAGCCGUCGAAGUGAUCGAAUAUUCUAAACAACGCAAACAUUUCCCAAGAAAGGGAUAGCAAAAUUAGCUCGACUAGUCGUUGAAAACCUGUGAAAGAUCAACAUCAGAAUUCAGUUAUCAUGGAAGAAGAAUCCGAAGCUGUAAACAUUGUGGCCAUGGGUGAUUCCAUGUCAAUGGAUUACGGAGUUCUUAUUGCCAUAAAUUCGACCAUGAGUAGCAACUGUACUAGUCGAUUCAAAAACGGUUGCAGUCCUCGUGAAAAACUACAUUUCCGCUUUUGGCCAGGUGAAAUUAACCCAUCACAGACGUCCCAAGGAUUGAUGGCUUUAACCGUUAUGCUGCUUCUGCUCUGCUUAGUUCUCACGUAUUGCUGCUGGGGAACCUGUUGUAAGCUGAUUAAACGGAGAUCUACAAAUAGGAGAAGUAGAAGUCAAACAUCUUUUGAUUCAAGCAUCUCCUGUGCAUCUGAUCCGAGGUUGAUGAUGAUGUGGUCUCUGCAUCAUCGUCACGAAAUGUGUACACAUCAUCCGGAGACAACUGUCGCUUUAGAUCCGCAUCAUAAUCGCGUUUUAGUUAAACCAAGACCCCUGCGACCAGACGUUCCUCCGCCUCCUUAUGAUGCCCUUUUUGGGCAAGAAGUUAGCUAUGCUCCUCCGACGUACAGCUCACUGGCAUUAGAUCAAUCCCUGUGCCCAGUGAGUUUACGUCCGCAAGAAACCUGUGAAUCGUCGGUUUCCUCUAGCCCGGUUGUCACCGUGCGUAUUGAGAGGGAAGCGGAGAUACUAGAUGCAUCGGGAGACGGUAAUCGGGAUGGCUCAUUUGCUAGAAGUCAAAGCGUACCUGCCAUUAGCAACAACCCAUCUCAGAAUAAGCCUGUUGGAAUUAUCUUUAGGAUUGGAAACGAUGAUACUGGUACGUUUGAAGACGACCACGAAGUGGUGAACUGAAGAUGAUCGAUAAUCGCUUAUUUUAACUAAAUCAAUUUUCAACUAUUUUUUUUUGCUAUCGUGUUUCUAUAAUUGGUCAAUAAUUUCGACUUGGCUAUUUAUGGCUACGAAUGUUUGUUCAAGCUAUUGUAUAACUGUUGAGCUGUGUUGUGUUUAAUAUACUAAAGAAUAUUCUUACAAAAUUCAAAUCCGAACAUAGUUCCAUGCUCUAAUAAUCAUAGGUUCGUAGCAGUAUUAGUAAAAACAUGGAUUUGACGAUAUAUCAUUAGUGAUACGAAUAACCAAUAUUAAUUGACUGUGUAACAGGAACCUAAUGGCCUGCGGGGGAUGGGGCUUAAA